CCUCCUGCCUUGGCCACCCAAAAUGCUGGCAUUGCAAGCAUGAGCCACUAUGCCCAGCCUAUCAUCCCUACUUCUGCUAUAGCUGGGCAACCUAAUGCAAUACAGAAACUCUGGACUUAAUACCGUGCACAUGCCUGCAGCUCAACCUUUGGAAGGAACUCUUGCUGUUUAUUCUUCUAAUAUACAUGAGAGAGAGGCAAAUGAGGAAAUAGCAGUCAGUGGUAUUUACGACUUUCCAUGGUAACCAUUUCUAUUUACCCCUCUUAGCUGGAGGAAAUAAAGGCAAUACUGGCUGGAUUAGUUGGAACAUGCCAUUUAAUUUUUACCACAAUGUGGUUAAGUAGAAAAAGGGAAUAUCAUUAUCUGAUUUCUGUGAUAUCAAGUAGUUGGACAUGUCAAAUAGAAUUUGAGAGAAAGAAGUAUAGAUUAGUUUACAUACAGCAAAACUUCUCUGGCUCAUUUUUUAUUUCAAUAUAAUAUUUGGACAAGAGUCUGACUGAUUUCAAAUAUGGGAGAAGCAUGAUCUGCUAAACAAAUAAAUAAUUCCAGAAUCUUAACAUACUCACUGAUGUUGUAUAAGGAAGAAAGUACUAGAAUCAGAGACAUUUGGUGUCUUGCCUUAAUUCCUCAACAAAUAUGUGUAAAGAAUUUAUUAUGUGCCAAGGACUGUACCAGACGUUGGAGUAGAACCAAGAAUAAGACAGAUGUGUUUUUUGCUCACUUGGAAUUUCUAAUAGAUAAGAAAGAUAAUAAACAAACAAAUAAGUUUAUAUUUAGUUUAUAAUAAAGUUUUUAAAGGGGAAAAAAUGGGCCCUAUGUCCUACUGCUUAACAGCUAUAUGAUCUUGAAUAAAUCAUAUCCAGAGAAUAAUAGAAUUUGAAAAAGUUUCAGAGAUCCAUUACAGAGGUUUUAUGAGCUAUAAAGACCUGAACAAAUAAAAAGCAUAAUUAUCAGCAAUAUCUAAUGAUAAACUACUCUUAUCUGGUAUUAAUAAUAUAAGCCGCCUUUAAAGGUUUCUAUUAUAUACUUAUAUUCCUCAUUUGAAGUACAAAUAUGUGCCUUAAAAACGUAAAACUUAUUAAACAUUCCAUAUUUUUUAAUAUUUUAAGUAUUUUAAACUGGCUUUUUGCCAAAGAAACUGAAAAUUCACAUAGAUCUUUCAUAUUGAAAAGAAGGUGUGUCAUGACUACAUUUGGCCUCCCACUCAUAUGCAGAGAGACAUGCAAAUGGCUGAGAAAUAGCAGAUCUGCAUGCUUGUGAAACUUGAAAAUCAACAAGAAAAUAAUAAUAAUGACUAAUAAAAGAUAAUAAGACAAUGUGACGAAUAUUUUACUUUGCAAACUCAUUUAACCACUUUUUUCCCCACGUAGUGUUCAACAAAACAGUUUUUUAUAGACCUCCAAAAAACUGAGACAGAAAUAUACUUAUUUUAGGUUAAUAGAACCAUUUCUUUUAAUGGUUCUCUUGUGAUUUUUUCAUAUGCUCAAUAUUGAAAUCAAAAUUAUUUCCAUUUGAUAGGAAACAUUUCAUUAAACACCAAAUAAAUUCAUAUCUUCACACAUUUUCAUUCAAAAUUAUAAAUAUAAUAUCAUAUUCACAGAGCUUAAUUAAUAUCUGUGACAUGCUUUAAAUACCUUAGAUUAAAGUUAUCAAGAAAUAUCUUUAUCCAGGAGAGCCCACUUGAGGAUUGUUUCUCUUAUGAAUCCUGUGUCUGCAUAUCUCCUAGCAGAGUAUCGUGAAUAUAGAAGGCACUCUCACUAUGUGUUGUUGAAUGAUAUGUAACACUUAAGUAGUCAUAUUUUAAUUUUAGCUCUAAUAUUUCAUCCAUAAGCAUCAGAGAGUAGCAGUGUUUGGGGAAUGGUCAUCAUCUUCUAGGAUUUAAUAUAUAUUUUAUUAGUCUUUCAGAAAUAGCUUACACUACCAAACUCAGAAGAGACUAAUAUAUAAACCCAAAUACCAAUUCGGGACUUUCCAAUGAGAACUGUAACAUAUAGAAGAGCAGGACAUCCAAAUACGCUGGAUGAGUUCAUCCUCUCCUAUAUGUAGAGAGGACAAAUUACAAGCUCCAGGGUUCCUUGAAAAGAAAACAGGUAGUUAACCUGUCUCCUGCCAACAGCAAGAGGCCCAAUGGCUUUGUCGACAAUUCAUUCCUCGAUAUCAAAAGAAUCCGUGUUGGGGAGAAUCUGUCUGCAGGACAAGGUGGCCUUCAAGUAAAUAAUGGACAAAGUCAGAUUAUGUCGGGGACCUUGCCUAUGAGCCAAGCACCUCUGAGAAAGACUAACACUCUGCCACCCCACACACAUUCUCCUGGCAAUGGUAUGUUUAACAUGGGCUUAAAGGAGGUGAAGAAGGAGCCAGGAGAGACCCUGUCUUGCAGUAAGCACAUGGAUGGCCAAAUGACCCAGGAGAAUAUGUUUUCUAAUAGGUACGGAGAUGACUCCGGAGAGCAACUGAUGGAUCCGGAGCUGCAGGAACUGUUCAAUGAACUGACCAACAUAUCUGUGCCUCCCAUGAGUGACCUUGAACUGGAGAACAUGAUCAAUGCCACCAUAAAGCAGGAUGACCCAUUUAACAUUGACCUGGGUCAGCAAAGCCAGAGGAGCACUCCCAGGCCCUCCUUGCCCAUGGAGAAAAUAGCAAUCAAAAGCGAAUACUCACCAGGCCUGACUCAGGGCCCCUCAGGCUCUCCUCAGCUGAGGCCCCCAUCAGCUGGCCCUGCAUUCUCCAUGGCCAACUCUGCCCUUUCCACUUCGUCCCCCAUCCCUUCCGUCCCUCAGAGCCAGGCUCAGCCUCAGACAGCCUCAGGAGCAAGCCGGGCCCUGCCGAGCUGGCAGGAGGUGUCCCAUGCCCAGCAGCUCAAACAGAUCGCUGCCAAUCGUCAGCAGCACGCCCGGCUGCAGCAGCACCAGCAGCAGCACCAGCCCGCCAACUGGUCAGCCUUGCCCUCUCCCGCCGGCCCAUCCCCAGGUCCCUUUGGGCAGGAGAAAAUCCCCAGCCCUUCUUUUGGCCAGCAGCCAUUCAGCCCGCAGAGUUCCCCCAUGCCUGGGGUAGCUGGUGGUGGCAGCCAGCCGAAAGUCAUGUCUAACUACAUGUACAAGGCCAGCCCCUCAGCCCAGGGUGGGCACCUGGACGUGCUCAUGCAGCAAAAGCCUCAGGAUCUCAGCCGAAGUUUUAUGAACAACCCGCACCCAGCCAUGGAGCCCCGUCAUGGCAACACCAAGCCUUUGUUCCACUUUAACUCAGAUCAAGCAAGCCAGCAGAUGCCUUCAGUUUUACCUUCCCAAAACAAGCCUUCUCUCCUGCACUACACCCAGCAGCAGCAGCAGCAGCAGCAGCAGCAGCAGCAACAGCAGCAGCAGCAGCAGAGCUCAAUUUCAGCUCAGCAGCAGCAACAGCAGCAGAGCUCAAUUUCAGCUCAACAACAACAACAGCAGCAGCAACAACAACAACAGCAGCAGCAACAACAACAGCAGCAACAGCAGCAGCAGCAGCAGCAGCAACAACAACAGCAACAGCAACAGCCACCAUCCCAGCCCACCCAACCUCUAGCAAGCCAGUCUUUGCUGAGGUCCCCCUUGCCGCUUCAGCAGAAGAUCCUGCUUCAGCAAAUGCAGAACCAGCCCAUCACAGGACUGGGGUAUCAAGUCUCCCAACAACACAGACAGGAUCAACACUCUGUGGUAGGCCAGAACGCAGGCCCCAAUCCAAGUCCCAACCCCUGCUCAAAUCCAAACACUGGAAGUGGUUACAUGAACUCCCAGCAAUCACUGUUGAAUCAGCAAUUGAUGGGAAAGAAACAGGCUCUCCAGAGGCAGAUCAUGGAGCAGAAACAGCAACUUCUUCUGCAGCAGCAGAUGCUGGUGGACACGGAGAAAAUGGCUCCACAAGAUCAGAUAAACCGACAUCUGACAAGGCCACCCCCAGAUUACAAAGACCAAAGAAGAAAUGUGGGCAAUAUGCAACCAACUGCUCAGUAUUCUGGUGGCUCAUCAACAGUGAGUCUAAACUCUAACCAGGCUUUGGCAAACCCAGUUUCAACACACACCAUUUUAACUCCCAAUUCUAGCCUCAUGUCUACUUCCCAUGGGACAAGAAUGCCAUCAUUAUCUACAGCAGUUCAGAACAUAGGAAUGUAUGGAAAUCUUCCUUGUAAUCAACCUGGCACCUACAGCGUCACUUCAGGAAUGAAUCAAUUGGCCCAACAGAGAAACCCAAACCAGUUGAUAGCAAAUCAAAACAACCCUCUGAUGCCACGGCCACCUACCUUAGGCCCAAGUAAUAAUAACAACGUGGCCACUUUUGGAGCUGGAACUGUUGGCAAUUCACAGCAAUUGAGACCAAGUUUGACCCAUAGUAUGGCAAACAUGCCGGCACAGAGAACAUCGAACGUAAUGAUCACAUCCAACACAGCAGCACCAAACUGGGCCUCUCAAGAGGCAACAACCAAACAGCAGGAAGCCCUAAAGUCCACAGGAGUCCGCUUCCCCACAGGGACACCUGCAGCCUAUACCCCAAACCAGUCAUUGCAACAGGCAGUAGGUAGCCAGCAAUUUUCCCAGAGAGCAGUGGCUCCUCCUAACCAGUUAACACCAGCAGUGCAAAUGAGACCCAUGAACCAAAUGAGCCAAACACUAAAUGGACAAACCAUGGGGCCACUCAGGGGCCUGAAUCUCAGACCCAAUCAGCUAAGCACACAGAUUUUGCCUAAUUUGAAUCAGUCAGGAACAGGGUUGAAUCAGUCGAGGACAGGCAUAAACCAGCCACCAUCCCUGACACCCAGCAAUUUUCCUUCGUCCAACCAAAGUUCCAGGGCUUUUCAAGGAACUGACCAUGGCAGUGACUUAGCGUUUGACUUCCUCAGCCAACAGACUGAUAACAUGGGCCCUGCCCUGAACAGCGAUGCUGAUUUCAUUGAUUCUUUGUUGAAGACAGAGCCUGGUAAUGAUGACUGGAUGAAAGACAUCAAUCUUGAUGAAAUCUUGGGGAACAACUCCUGAAGAAGAAAGAGGAGACAAUGUACAAACUCCAAGCACUAAAAGGCAGUAUUUUACAAGGACUCUGUAAAGGCCAAACUGUUGACUUUUAAGUGGACUACAUGAAAAUACCAUGGCUUAAAAUUGGAAAGCAGAAAGUAACUGCAGUAGUGAACAUUUUGGUCCAAAUUCUUGUCCUAAAUCUCAAACCUGAAAGUAAAACAUUGGGAUCACUUUUCCCUGUCUAAACUCCAGGACACAGUAUCCAAUUUAUCUAAACAGAACUGUGAUGUUGAUGUGUAAUUAAUUGUGUAAAAUAGGCUUCCCAAGCUCCUUUUCUCCCUGAAAGAAAGAUAAUAAGAACUUGUAGCUUAUUUAAACCCCAUGUCCUGAGGAGGUACUAUUAAUAGUUCCAAGCAACAAAUUCCUUAAUUUGCCCUAAUGGAUAUGUGUGGUUUGAUUUUUCCACACUGUCUUUUCAUUUAAUUUUUCUAAAUCUUGCAGGAUGGGUUGAAAUGCCAUUGGUUUGUUUGGAGAAACCAAAUAGUACCCUAAGUAAGGGAAAACCAGAGAACCUAGAAAACAUCCAGUGGAAUGCAGAAUUUCUUUGCUAGAUUCACCCCUUACUUUUGUAGUUUUCCCAAAAGUCCUGUACUUUGGGAUGCAUGUAUAGUGAUGAAACAAGAAUGUAGAGCUGUGAAGUGUGAUUUUGGCUUCCAUAGCCAAUUUCUGAAUCCAUUCCCAACCAAGUUUUAGAUACAACCAAGACCUGUCCUGAUCAUACUGAAAUACUGAUGCACACCUGUCUAUAUUAGAUUUUACUUUUUUAAAAAAUCCAUUGGACAUUGCUAUAAAGAAAACUUAUUUGGCCACAAAUAAUCCAGGGUGUUGCUUAUUGUGGUUGAUGCCCACUGGUUUAUACCUAAGCUGAAUGAAAUCAAGCCUUGUCCUUCCUAUUCAUUUUGAUGACCAGAGACUGAUUUAUAAGAAAAGGAAGUUUGGAAACCAAAACUGAGAUUAGAAAGUAUUAUGUUUUGGUUGGAGAUAAGAACCAGGAGUGGUGGGUUCAAGUGGUUACAAAUCUAUUAGGAUUUGAAGGAAAGCAUAAUUAAGAGGGAAAAUAAUCUGGCCUUCUUCAGACAUGUUAUUUGGGUGAACAGCUAAAUACUAAUGGAAUGUGGUCUGUUAGUGGUGGUCUAUUCAUUCUUCUCUCUCUGACAUGAUGAAUCAUUGCCACAUGCUAGAUGAGUCCUUCAUGUCCAGGUUUUCUCCCUCAGGGCUGAGCACUAGUUUGUUGAGUCAUUUAACCUCAGUGCCCAUAUACAGAUCAGCUGUAAAAUGGGGCAAGAUAUGUGCUGAUUUGGAAUGGAUGAAAAAUAUCACCAUCAUUUUCCUAAUUACAGAGGAACAAAGGUUAUCUUCAGCCCUUUCAGUGAUACACUCACAUAUUCAAAUAUCAAAUGUAAUUUAACUGGUCAUUUAAUAAUCAAGUCUUUAAAUAUCUGCUCAAAAAAAAAAAAGAGAGAACACAUUUUGAAAGUUCUACAAAGCUCUCUCCCAAUCUUUAAAAUGUCUAAAAGCAUUCUCCUUCUGUUACACAAACACCAACAUCACUGGCCCAGAAUCCUUUCUGUGCUAGGUUGUAAAUAUAAAUAAAUUACUUGUUUUGUAAACUUUUGUAAAGAAUAUUUUGGUAGAAAUACUUAAAACAUAUUCUUUGGGUUAUAUUUAUACAUAUGUGAAAUAAAUAUACUAUCAAAAGGUUAUAUUUUAUACAAAAAGUAAAUUGCUACCUUUUGUAUGCUAAUAUACAAAGUUUUGUAUAAUAUGAUGGUUUAUUUUUAGCUCUACACUUAAACCAUAGGUGGUCGAGUGGGGACUUUUGAAAACUAUCAAGAGGCUUGUUAGACACAUUUAUAUUCUGAAACCUCAAUAAGAAAGCAUUCCGGGUUUCAAUCUUUAUCCUUUUUUAUUUUUUUCCUGCUCCCACAGUCUUUUUUAAACCUUUAGUUCUUGUGUCUUAUUUGAUUAUUCUGCUGUGCACAUUGUAUUGGUCCUUGUUGCAUGUGGUCUACUGUGUGUUUUCCCGUUUGAUAAAACAGCGUUUUUCCAUGCAAAAAGAAAAGAAAAUAUGAUGUACAUAAAAACACUUUUAUUUUAUGCCUCCUCCAUGUUACUGUAUAUAUCUGCCAGCACUUCCCAGUUACACUCCUGUGAUUCAGCUUAUUUUUCCCCCCCACAUAAAUAGUAUGUUUUGUAGUAGUUAUCAAAUUUAAGAGAUAAAGCAAUCAGAAUGUUUGGAUUUCCUUCUAUCUAAUGUGAAUUUCAUAAUUAAUGUCUAUUUAUUCAGCUAUUCAUUAAAAUACAGGAUUCUUUGGAAAAA